AUGACCUCCUCACUGCGCAGUUCCUUCCGUCUACCACUUUCGUCCUCGAGCCGCUCCUUCUCUACAUCUUUCCGCCGUCUCGCCCAGCAACCAGCUCCUGUCGACCCUCAAGCCGCCAAGAAUACAAAGGUUUCGGCCAACUACAGCAGCCCUCAGAUCCGCAAGCCCCGCAGCGGCCCCUACGCAAACUCGCCCUUGCCCGUCUUCCCUCUGCUCGCCAUCUUCUUCACCGGCUCCUUCCUCUUCUACCAGCUCUCAAAGUCACGAGCAGGCCAAGGCAAAUCCCACUACGUUUUGCCCCCUAGAGACAAGAAGCCUCCCCCCGCCAAAGAAUUCAAUUCCAACCUCCACUCCGAACACUAA